AUGCAUAAUGACAGUCAGGCCCAUAUGGGUCAGUCACAGUCUCACAGACUCACAGUUCACAAUCUGUGGGAACUCUGGCCUCUGGGGGGUGGGGACUGGGGCCUGGCCGACUGGGGACUGGGUAUGUACUAUGUAGGGCCUAUUACUUCAAUGAGUCUGGACUUGGACAGAGUUGGACUCUUGGAGUUUGGACUUUCAUAG